CCUCCUUUCUCCUGCUCGGCCCCGGUACUCUCCCCUCUCUCUUUCCCGGCCGGGGAGCGUCACGUAGUUCUCCAGUGCGUCUCCUCAGCAGGUCCGCAUAGACUCCAGGACGCCGGGUCGCAGGGAAUAAUUCAAAGGAAUAGGAGCCGCAGAAGGAGGAGGCAGACGACAGAAAACCGUGAGAGUUGUCCAGGGAAGAGGGGUCUCCCCAAAACCUGAGCCAUGAGUCGCAGCAUCGUGCGGCAGAGCAAGUUCCGCCACGUCUUCGGUCAAGCGGUCAAGGCCGAGCAGGGUUACGAUGACAUUCGUGUUUCCAAGGUGACGUGGGACAGCUCCUUCUGCGCCGUCAACCCAAAGUUCCUGGCGGUCAUCAUCGAGUCCAGCGGAGGAGGAGCCUUUCUGGUGCUGCCCCUCUCUAAGACAGGUCGUGUGGAUAAGAACUAUCCGCUGGUGGUCGGUCACUCUGGACCCGUCCUCGACAUCGACUGGUGCCCUCAUGACGACAACAUCCUGGCCAGCUGCUCGGAGGACUGCACCGCGAUGGUGUGGCAGAUCCCAGAUCACGCACUGACCCGCCCCUUGACUGACCCUGUGGUGGUUUUGGAGGGUCACUCCAAACGCGUCGGCAUUGUCAGCUGGCACCCCACCGCACGCAACAUACUACUCACUGCGGGCAGUGAUAACCUGAUAAUUGUCUGGAACGUGGGGACAGGCGAGCCCAUCAUCUCCAUGGACGACCACCCAGACCUCAUCUACAGCAUCAGCUGGAACCGAAACGGCAGCUUGUUUUGCACCACCUGUAAGGACCGACGUCUGCGUGUCUGCGACCCCCGCAAGAGGGAGGUAGUGGCGGAACGUCUGGCUCCACAUGAAGGGAUCCGACCAAUGAGGGCCAUCUUUACCAGAGAUGGAAACAUCUUCACCACAGGAUUCACCAGGAUGAGCCAGAGAGAGCUCGGCCUCUGGGACCCGACAAAUUUCGAGGAGCCUAUCGCAGUUUUGGAGCUGGACACAAGUAACGGCGUGUUGUUACCAUAUUAUGAUGCGGACACAAACAUGGUCUACCUCUGUGGAAAGGGGGACAGCAGUAUCCGCUACUUUGAGAUCACGGAGGAGCCGCCGUACGUUCACUAUGUCAACACCUUCAGCUGUAAGGAGCCCCAGAGGGGGAUGGGCUUCAUGCCCAAGAGAGGUGUGGACGUCACCAAAUGUGAGAUCGCCAGGUUAUACAAGCUGCAUGACAAGAAGUGUGAACCCAUCACAAUGACAGUGCCCAGAAAAUCGGACCUCUUCCAGGAUGACCUGUACCCAGACACAGCAGGGCCCGACCCCGCCAUGGAGCCUGAAGAGUGGCUGGAUGGGCGCGAUGAAGAUCCCAUUCUGGUGUCCAUGAGAGACGGCUACGUGCCGCCUAAGAGCCGAGAACUCAAAGUGGCGAGGAAGAAUGUGCUGGACUCCAGACCCACCACCAGACGCAGCAUGUCCACUUUGGAGACCAACAGCCUGCCGCCUCAGUUGCUUGAGAGGUUGUUGGAGGAGAUUCAGAAUCUGAAGGCCACAGUUUUGUCUCAGGAGAAGAGAAUCUGUGACCUGGAGAAUAAGCUUUCCCAGUACACCAAUGGCACUGCCUGAUGUGCAUGUAAACACAUCUUCUGAAGAACUGGUCUGAAUUUCAGAAUUACUGUUAUUAUAGAAACACAUUUCCCUUGCAUAGACAAGGAAUCACUGUAUACUCUAAUGACGCUGCCCCUUUAAAAGGUACCUUUGUGUAAGAAUGUGGACAAUUGAUGGUCCGGUGAAUUUGAGCAAAUAUCAAAUGUUUUGUGGUUGAUUCUACAAAAUACCCUAUCUCAGUUCUAACACAAUGUACAUUUAAUGCAUUAUAGUUUAUUAUAGUUACAUCUUAAUGGUGUUUUCAAAAGAGUGCUGCUGGCUGUAGGUUUGAGGGACACGUGCAAGUUGGGUUAAAGGUCUGAAGAAUGUCGACAAUGUUGUCGCUAUUUGUAAAUGACACUUGCAGAAAAAGAAACAAACGUCAAGAGACUUUCAGCGUGGAAUGCAACUUUUCUUAAUUUUAUUUUAGCGAAGUGCAUCCACAAACACACCUGUACUGUCACUAAACACUCGCAUCACCUUAAAACAUACACACCACGCGUGGACACAUUUCAACACUUGUAGCCGACUCGCCCUCUGUAUUGGACGACCAGUUCGCUAGGAUACAUCUUUUCAAAAUAAAUAAAACUUUUCAAAAUGUAAAUAGCGAUAAAGGAAUACAGGAGGGGCAAAUAAAUGUAGCAAAAUGUGAAAAGCAAGCCGUUUUGUGUUGGAUGUCGAGGAUUAUACAUUAGACACAUUAUGACAACAAUAAAGACAGUGUUUUUUAAAAA